AUGGAGCGCUCUAGCAAGCUAGCUGACCUGAAGCUCGUUUCCAAAUACUAUCCUGUCACCAACUACUCGUAUCCUCAAUAUCCCGAACGCCUCUCGCAGUAUGGACGAGAUCGCUUCUCCAACGACCGGGCCUCCCUGGGGUCCGACGCCUCUGCCCCGGGUCUGAUCGAUGAUCCGACCGACUCAGAAGUCUCCCUGGACGACGACUACCAGUACCAUGCCCACGCCGCCGAGCUAUGGGACAGCUUCUGGCUUCCCAGCAAGACGGACAACCUCGAGCUUCACCCUCGAAAGCAGUAUCCUGCAUUGAUUCCCUCCCCCCAGCAGAGACGAAGGCAAGCAGAGGAGCGCCGCGUCCCCGCAUGGCCCCUCCCUGACAGCCCCCGGCCCCGAAACCGAAAGCCGGCGGCGACCUACUCGCCCUUCCCGAAGCCGCUUCCACUUCCACCCCGGAGCACAUCGCUUGUGCCCUCGUGGCAAUGCUCGCGAUCAACAAAAGAAAAACCACAGCGACCCCCUCGUCCAGACGAUGAUGUGUGCGCUUUCCGGUCGCUGCAAAACUCACCGCUUGUUGCCCACUUCUCGACGUCUCCAGACCCAUGCCACCAGACGAAUUUGUCCCGGUCCGCCACACCAAAGGCGCAUCGCCCGACGACGUCUCUAGAGAUUCGGAUUUCAACCCCCGCAGAGACCGAGUCUUUUACUGAAGCACGGGCAAGCCACUCCGCUCCGCAUCUCGUCCUGGCAGAUGCUCUGCAUACAGCUCCCCUCAUGCACACAAAGACAUCGGUCCCCUGCCUCCGGCCGCUUCCGCCAGAGCCACAGCCGGAGGCCGACGCCGAGCCCCACUCGGUAUUCGAGUAUGAUGAUUCAGAUUCCGAAUCGGAAUCUUAUGGAGGCCGCUCGUUCUGGUUCCACCGUCGAUCCGCGAGCGACCAACGGAAGACUGGUCACCGGACAGCACCAUCAUCACCGCGUAAACGUCAAGGAGGCGACGUGAUUGGGCGGAUGCUAGGACGACGCAGCAGAGGAUGA